CGGAGCGGAGCGGGAGGCCGGCCUUAAGAUGGCUGUUGUGCGCGGGGCGCCGCUGCUGUAGCGCCGCGAGGAGCCGCCCGCCCGCCCCGCCGCGCCCGCCAUGGAGUGCCCGCACCUCGGCUCCAGCGUCUGCAUCGCGCCCGACUCGGCCAAGUUCCCGCAGGGCUCGCCCUCCUCCUGGUGCUGCAGCGUGUGCCGGUCAAACAAAAGUCCCUGGGUCUGUCUGACGUGUUCGAGUGUCCAUUGUGGAAGAUAUGUGAAUGGCCAUGCAAAAAAGCAUUACGAAGAUGCACAGAUUCCUAUGACCAAUCAUAAGAAAACAGAAAAACAGGAGAAAGUUCAGCAUACUGUGUGUAUGGAUUGCAGUAGUUACAGUACAUACUGUUAUCGCUGUGAUGAUUUUGUAGUCAAUGAUACCAAGCUGGGCCUGGUACAGAAGGUCAGAGAGCACCUACAGAACUUGGAAAAUUCAGCCUUUACAUCAGACAGACAUAGGAAAAGAAAACUAUUGGAAAACUCAUCUCUGAACAGCAAGUUAUUGAAAGUAAAUGGAAGCACCACUGCCCUUUGUGCCACAGGCCUCCGGAACCUGGGGAACACUUGUUUCAUGAAUGCAAUCCUUCAGUCGCUCAGUAACAUUCAGCAGUUUUGCUGUUACUUCAAAGAGUUACCUGCGGUGGAGCUGAGGAAUGGGAAGACGGCAGGGCGGCGAACUUACCACACCAGGAGCCAGGGGGAUAACAAUGUUUCACUUGUGGAAGAAUUCAGAAAGACACUCUGUGCUUUAUGGCAAGGAAGCCAAACUGCAUUUAGUCCAGAGUCUUUAUUUUACGUUGUUUGGAAAAUAAUGCCAAAUUUUAGGGGAUACCAGCAACAGGAUGCCCACGAGUUCAUGCGUUACCUUUUGGACCAUCUACACUUGGAACUCCAGGGUGGCUUCAAUGGGGUUUCACGUUCAGUAAUCUUGCAAGAAAAUUCUAACCUGUCUGCAAGCAACAAAUGUUGCAUAAAUGGAGCGUCUACUGUUGUCACUGCCAUUUUUGGAGGCAUUCUUCAAAAUGAAGUCAACUGCCUAAUAUGUGGGACUGAAUCUAGAAAGUUUGACCCAUUCCUAGACCUUUCGCUAGAUAUUCCAAGUCAGUUCAGAAAUAAACGUACUAAAAACCAAGAGAGUGGACCAAUGUGCACGCUACGAGAUUGUCUUCGCAGUUUUACAGACCUGGAAGAACUUGAUGAGACAGAGCUGUAUAUGUGUCACAAAUGCAAAAAGAAACAGAAGUCCACCAAAAAAUUCUGGAUUCAGAAACUACCAAAGGUGCUAUGCUUACACUUGAAACGUUUUCACUGGACAGCAUAUCUGAGAAACAAGGUUGAUACCUAUGUUGAGUUUCCUUUGCGAGGCCUAGACAUGAAAUGCUACUUGCUAGAGCCUGAAAACAGUGGCCCGGAGAGCUGCCUGUAUGACCUUGUGGCUGUGGUUGUGCAUCAUGGCUCAGGCGUUGGCUCAGGCCAUUACACGGCGUACGCGGCGCACGAGGGCCGCUGGUUCCACUUCAACGACAGUACUGUAACCCUGACCGACGAGGAGACCGUGGGCAAGGCCAAGGCCUACAUCCUCUUCUACGUGGAGCGGCAAGCCAAGCCUGGAGCAGAGAAACUUUAAUACCUCCUUUGCAUUCUUACUUAUCAAGUUCACCGGACAAACAUUUCCAUUUUUCCAUAAAUACUUGAUCCAAGACUUAUUAAUUUCAUUGUGCACUUUUCAAUUUCCUCUUGUGGGUUUUAGUUUUGUUUUGUCAAUGGUAGCAUUUGACUUACUGAACUUGGACACAAACUAACUUUUUUUUUAGUUAUACCAGAAAACCUCAGCAGAUUUUGAUUUGCUGCUUUAGCUGUGAUAACCCAAUUUUUAUAUAUAUAGUUUCAUGAAAUAGUUAUUUGACUUUUUUAUAUUAAUGUUUUCAGUUCUCACUUUCUAAAGGCACAUUUACAUCAACUUUCUGUCCUCCAUACAAGAAAGAUAAAUGUGCUUCUGAUCAUGAAGAGCAAUACAACUUUGUGCUGUUCUCAGUGCUGUUACGUAGAUAUGAUUUAAUCUCUUUAAAUCAAGGAAUUGUUUGCACGUACUAUUUCCCCUCGUGCAAGAAACUUACAGUGACCUCUGACCAAUCAUUCUUUGUCUGCAGAAGAGAGGUGAUGUGGCGGCAUUAACUAGACCAGGUCAUUGCUGCUAUAUUGGUGUGUAUUCAGGCUGCUGACUUUCAGGAAUCAUUGUAAAUGAACAGUUGGUUCAACUGUAUCAAUACUGCAGUUGAAUUCAAGUAAUGCUCUGCCCCCACCCCCUUCAAAUUUAAAACAAUUAUCUUAAAAUUACCUGCCUAAAUUAUGUUGAGAUACGUGAUUUUUUUUUUUUAACUGAACCUGAAUUGCAUUAGACAUCUCUUGGUUUAGACUGUCAUCCUGAAAUUUGACCGUGAACACUUGCUUGAAAAUUUGGGAGACUUCCUGGCAGUAGAAUCCCAAGUAGAACCCCUUUGUUCCUGGUGGGAAUUGGAAGUACAGCCCCAGGGGCUGGGGUUUGUGAGAACAGGCUUAGGUCUAAAUGCAGCUCUGCUACAUGCCUGCAGCUCACUUGGAAGCAGGAGGAAGCAGAUGGUGUUUGAGGUGCUUUAUAUGGAAUUGUUCUAUCAGUUCAAAUCAAACUCAAGGGAGGAUGCUCGUGUCUCCCACAGCAGAGCCCUCAGAGGGGAGGAGCUGAGCCACAUGUGCUUGUGACUGGAGCAGGCGCAGGGAGCUCCUGUGGCCAUUUACACACUGGCCCAGGCUUUUGUUUAGUCUCUAGGUGAACACUGGAGGCAUGGUGCAGGUUCUAAAACCUGGCUAUGUAAUGGAGAAAGACCAUGCUAAAACAAACCCCCAACUGGUUUUAGCUCUACUGCUGAAGAGUGGAAGGCAGCUGAUAUGAUGGAAAAGGCAGUCAGAAAAACCACUACUACAAAAGCAAGAAAUCUGACAGAAAAUGUGAAAUUUGACAAAUGUUGCAUUUCAGAUCUGUUCCCCCAGUCCAUCCUUUCUAGCUGGCUCCCUUGUGCCAAGCAAGGAGCUGGACACUCCUGAAAGCUCAGUAAGAGGAGAAUACAGUUCAUGGAGCGUCCCACCACCAAACAGCAGCUUUUAGUUGUGUUAACAGAAAAAGGCAAUUGUCUGAAAAUACAUCUGGAAUUCCAGAUGUGAAACCCAUUUUAAUUAAUGCCUCUGAAGGACACGGUGGGGGGGGGCUGGAGUGGAGCUCAGAGCAGCCUGGGGCACAGGGACUGCACAGCAGUGCAUUGCCCUGGGGUCCUGCUGGCUGUACAGGGUAAAGACAAAUCACAGUCGUGUUUGGUACAGUGUCAUUCUUGAGAGCUUUGCAACAGCACCUUAAACCAGGAAAGGGAGAAAUUGGCUUAAUCUAGAACUGCAGAAAUCAUUCAGCAUAGUUAAUGGGGUGUGAAUGUGUACACAGGUUAAGACUACAGAGUUACUAUUUGAUACAGUGACAUACAUAAGGAUGUCUUAAGUUGAACAAUAAAUAGAACUUGUCAUUGCUUUAAAUUAGAUAGUUUGUCACCUUCCAUUCCUUGCAGGCAGAGCCCUUCUUCUAACCAACAAGAAUAGGUUGCUGAUAUUUAAACAGGAAGAAAAUGGGACAGGUAAAAGGAUUGUACCACAUUCCUGCCCUUCCUGCUGCUCACAGGGAGCUGCAUAGAUAGCACCUAUAGCUGCAUUGUCUCUGCAUCCUGCUUGGACUGGAUUCCUUUAGAAUUUACCUGUGAGAAUGCCAAGCUUAAAAUACACAAACUAGCUCUGGGCCAGCAGCAGUUUAACUUAAAAUAGUCAGGUGUAUGCAGUGUUCUUGCAAAACAGUGAUGUAAAUGUGCCUUUUUGUAUUUUAAGAAAUUUAAAUUUGUAAUCUUCAGCAACAUUCACUUAUUUUAAUCAACUUCUACUCGUCAGUAAUUGUUUGGGUCAGAAUUACAUUCUCACUUGAGCAUUUUCUUUGUCCUACUUGCUCUGUCCCAUGCAGCUCCUGGGCAGUGGUGUCUCCAGCACGGCUGCAUGGGGCCAGCCUGGGAUCACGAUGCAAUCACAGCAGGCUGUCCUUGCAGCAGGUGCUGAUCUGGACUCAGCCAUAUGCUUUGCUGGAACAAGUACACAUUGUAAAUCCUUUCCUAAUUUAACUUUCUCCCACUGCAAACCCAGAUGGACAGUAUGAACAGUUUGUUGUGGCAACACAAGUAUUUCUCUUCCUGGUGGAGAACUUUGCUUAUCCACUGUAUUCUAUUCAGUGUGGUGUCAAAAGAAAAAAAAGUAACUGAGCACUGAACCAGUAACAUAUACUGCACCUGGCCUAGUAUUACAUUUUUAACCUAGCUUGUAUAUCCUAUAUUUAUCUACUAGCUUGUGGGGGGGGGGGGGGGGGAAUAUCUCUUUCAUUUAAGCCAAAUGUUUCUUUUCUACUUACUGCUGAUCAUAGUACACACUAGCUGGCAAGAAUUUUUUUUCUUGCUUGAGACUGCACUGCAAGCAGCAGCUGCUCUCUACACUUCAAAGACUUGCAUAUUUUUCACCAAAAUGUGUCCAAUCAAAGGUUGUCCUUUUGUCAGUAAUUGUUUAGCCACGUACACAACUGGAGCCAAGAUUUAUGUCAGUCAAAACUGCAAAAUGUCCAGUUCCCAAAUGUCAGCAAGAGAGGAGAGUUUAAAACUUUGAGACAGGCAGAGACAGUAGACUUGUAUCAAAAGCAGGAGGCCAUUUAUGAGGAUUUUGCUAAAUCAAUGGGAAGUGUAACACGUGGUGUUCAGAAGUUCCCCAAGCAAUGUUUCAUUACCAAUGUGUCUGUGUCCUACUGAUGAGGUAAUGGGCACCUUGACAACUGAUUCCAACAUGCUUUAGGAUAUUCUCAAGUACUGUAGUGCCAUAGUUGUAAUUGUUUACCAUUAAAACCUUGUGUGUAAUUUUCA